AUGACGAUCUACGUAGGAUUGCCAGUGAAGGCUGGACAAGUAUUGCGAAACCGCAUAGAAAGGACAGCCUCAAAGCGAUGGCGAGGUUCAGUUCGCCGUGUGGUCGCCGCUACAGUGUACAAUCUAUCUUGCUUCACUCAUGGCUGUAGCACGGGGUGGGUUUCUGGUGUUUUGGGCAACGAAGCACUCACUGGCGGAGCAUGGCUGGCAGCCCUACCAUGCUUGGUCGCGCUACCAGCGGCACCAAUGUUUGCUGUGUUAGCUGAUACACGUGGAAGAAGAGCAGGGGCUCUUUGUAUAUGUCUUAGUUUUAUAAUAAGUUGGUCGUUAGCCGCCUGGUGUGGAGCUCGAGGUGUGUGGGCGGCAAGGGUUGCAGCUGGUGCAGGUGGAGCGGGUGCAUUAGCCUUAGCUCCACUAUAUUGUGCAGAAAUAGCACCGAGGACUAGAGGUCUUGCUGCCAUGCCAGCAUUAGCUUGCAGUUGCGGCAUCCUCUUUGCCUACUCAGCUGGUGGGAUGUUAUCUGCGCAUGCACUGUCUCUAUCAAUGGCUGUACCUCCAGCUAUUCUACUGUUAUCAUUGAUUUGGCUUCCAGAAACACCAUCAUUUCUUAUAAGUGUUGGAAAAAUUCAGGAAGCAGCGAAAAUCAUGUGCUGGUUUGAUGGAUCAGACUUCAGAGAAGACUUGACUGACGUGAUUGAACAACAAGAGGUGCGGAUACGUAUUUCAGAGGGAUAUGGAAGAAAGGAGAUGAUGAGGAGGCAGGAUUCUGAUACAUUUCAACCGAUGUUGAAACGUAGUAGCGGGCUAGAGUCUAAUUCAGACAGAGAAAGAGCUGAAAAGUCUGCAUGUAGAGAACUGUUUCUCCACCGCGGCACGCGUCGCGCCUUAUUCUCUUGUUUCGUCGUACUGUGCGCUGCAGCCGGCAGCGGCGCCGGCGCUGUCAAUAGUUUCGCCGCUGCUGUGCUCCGUCACUCCACUCACAGCGUUCCCGUUCUCAACAUCACUGCCUAUAACUUUACUAUUUACAACGGAUCCGUUCCGCGGGCCCUGUUUGAUUCAUCUGAGGCUGGAUCAAUGCUAUGCGGUACAGCGUUGGUACUGGGUGCAGCCGUCGCCACAGUUACUGUUGACAGAGUUGGGAGAAAGACGCUGUUAUUAUGGUCGUGUACCGGUAUAGUCUUGGGGCUUACUGUACUCGGAGUAUACUGUGACCCUCAUUUGCGUAUACACUCCUGGCACUUGCACAGACUGUGGCCGUUACGAAGAUUCAAUUAUAAGGAAAGGAAAAUGGAAAUUCAAGAAAAUUAUACAACAUACAACAAUACUUUUGCUCCAUUGCUCAAUGAUACUGGAAAGUCAUGGUUCAAAGUUAGUAUUGAGGAGCAGAAUUAUACUUCAGAUGCUUUUGAGCAGAGAGAAAAAGAGGAAAUAACAAUAUGGCUGCCAGUGGUUAUACUUUCUUUGGUGUUGUUCUUGUAUAAUGUGGGACUAGGUUCCGUGCCUUACGUAUUAAUAUCGGAACUAUUUGCUGUUAAUGUUCGCAGCCUCGCAUCAAGCUUUCUCAUCGCAUGGAUGUGGUUCAGCAAUUUCCUCCUACUUCGUUACUUUGGAACUAUCGCCAUAUCCCUCGGUCUCCACGCCACGUACUACAUCUGCGCCUGCAUCACACUCAUGGGCGCCGGGUACAUUUACUUUACCAUACCGGAGACUAAGGGCAAGAGUCAGAACCAAAUCACCGAAGCUUUAGAGGGUCCUUGGAUUUUGUUUAAAAAGAAGAGGAAAAAUGAACGAUGA